UUCCUCAUCUUUAACAUAGUGGUAAUAACAAUAUCUCUAGCAACAAAGGGUUCCUGUGAAGAUUAAAUGAUAUACUAUAUGUAAGCUGGUUUCUCUGGUAAACGAGUUGAUCCAUAUUGAAAAUUCAGGAAGUCUUAGUCAUCAUUGUAAAUACUAAGAAUUCGAAUUGUAUUUUAUCUGUUUUUACUUUUAGGUGUUGAUUAUGGAUGGUGAAGACAAAUAUUUAUUUAAAUUUAAAGGCUAUAAUUUUACACGUCCUUUUGUUAAUAUUGACUUACUAAAAAAUCUAGAUGACUUUGAAAUUAGAGAUGAUGAUGUCUUCCUCAUUACAUACCCUAAAUCUGGUACCAUCUGGACUCAGCAGAUAUUAAGCUUGAUUUACUAUGAGGGACAUCGUAACAGAACUGAAAUUGUGAACACAGCUGAAAGAAUCCCCUUCCUGGAAUACAAUCUACACAAAAGCGACUUUGAGAAGAGACCAUCCCCUCGCCUCUUUUCUUCCCACCUCCCGUACUAUUUAGCACCAAAAGGUCUCAAGAACAAAAAAAAUAAAGUAAUUUAUGUCUGCAGAAACCCCAAGGAUGUUUUGACCUCAUAUUUUCAUUUUUCUAAUUUGUUGGUUACAUUAGAAGCUUCAAAUAACAUAGGAGAUUUCAUGGAAAAAUUUCUAGAUGGAAAAGUGGUAGGAAGCCUUUGGUUUGAUCACAUCAGAGGCUGGUAUGAGCACAGACAUGACUUCAAUAUCCUGUUCAUGAUGUAUGAAGAGAUGAAGAAGGAUCUCAGAAGUUCUGUGCUUAAAAUCAGCAGUUUUCUUGAGAAAGAACUGAGUGAAGAGGAUCUGGAUGCUGUUGUGAAUCAGGCUGCGUUUCAGAAUAUGAAGGUUGAUCCUCAAGCUAAUUAUGAUAGCAUUCUGAAAAAUGACAUCGGGCUGAGAGCAGAGGGACACUUCCUGCGCAAAGGUACCAUUGGAGACUGGAAACAUUACUUGACUGUAAAGCAAAAUGAGCGAUUUGACAGAGUAUUCCAAAGGAAGAUGAAAGAUUUCCCCUUGAAGUUCAUCUGGGAAAUAGAUGAGGAGUUGGAUCAGUGAAAAAUAUAAUAAUAUUGUAAAAAUCUAACAACUGAAAAGUGUAUUUUAAUAUACACAUUAAUUUGUGCUUCUCAUACAA